AACAGCACUUGCGCAACCCAGUUCACUGCCCUCCCUGUGUUGUUCUCGUGUUAAGUGACAUAUUUUACUGCAGAGUGGCUCACGCUAAAACCAAGAGACAAGAUAUCUGAGCUGUCCAAAACCCCCACUAUGGCUACUCAGGCUAUCAUGAGCUGCCGCUUGUUUGUUGGGCCUAGUAAUUUGAAUAAUGUCAGGAAAGUCUUCGUGCAGUGUGUGAACGCGAGUAUUCAGUGGAUGUGUUCCAGGGCAACGCGCAGGGAAAACGAAGUUGAACUUGGAGACUCGACCGCUCCUAACUUCACCGCAUCUCAGAAAAGCGGGUCAAGACAGGAGACGUUUCAAGACAACAUCACACUACCCUUUUCGCCGUUGUUGACCGACAGCUUUGGCCGGAGGCACAGCUACCUGCGCAUCUCCCUGACCGAGAAAUGCAACCUGCGCUGUCAGUACUGCAUGCCAGAGGAGGGGGUAAAGCUUACACCACGGGGCCAGCUCCUGUCCAUCUCAGAGAUAAUGACCCUGGCUCGCCUCUUCGUCCGGGAGGGGGUGGACAAAAUCCGCCUCACUGGAGGAGAACCCCUUAUCAGACCUGAUGUGCUGGAUAUUAUUGCAGAGCUGAGGAAGUUGGAGGGCCUGAAAACCAUUGCAGUAACGACCAACGGCAUGAACCUGGCCAGACUUCUCCCUAGGCUGAAACAUGCUGGCCUUGACCUGAUUAACAUCAGCCUGGAUUCCCUGGUGCCUGCUAAAUUUGAGUUUAUUGUCAGGCGCAAAGGGUUCCACAAGGUCAUGGAGGGCAUUGAUAAAGCCCUUGACAUGGGAUUCAACCCUGUCAAGGUCAACUGUGUGGUCAUGCGAGGCGUCAAUGAGGAUGAGCUGUUAGAUUUUGUGGCUCUCUCAGAGAAGAAGCCUCUGGAGGUGCGCUUCAUUGAAUACAUGCCCUUUGAUGGCAACAAGUGGAACUUUAAGAAGAUGGUGAGUUACCAGGAGAUGCUGGACCACAUCAGGCAGCAGUGGCCCAACCUGGAAAUGCUUCAGACUGGGCACACAGACACCGCAAAGACAUUCAAAGUGCCAGGCUUCCAAGGUCAGAUGGGCUUCAUCACUUCCAUGUCUGACCAUUUCUGUGGCUCCUGCAACCGCUUACGCAUCACUGCAGAUGGCAACCUGAAGGUGUGUUUGUUUGGUAACUCCGAGGUGUCUCUCAGAGAUCUGUUACGCUCUGGGGCAUCAGAUGCAGAGCUGCUGCACACCAUUGGGGCAGCUGUGGGCAGGAAGAAGAAACAACAUGCAGGCAUGUUCAGCAUCUCCCAGAUGAAGAACAGGCCUAUGAUCCUAAUUGCAGGCACCACCUUCCAACAGCCUUUGUCACUGCCAAAGUCACAAGAGAUCCAGGGGACUUUCCCCGUGGUUUCCCAGCUCACAAACAAUUCCACAUUCCUCUCUGCAGCAGCAGCUCCUCACACAUGUCUUUCGGGCAGCAGGAGACUUCUGAAUAGAGAGGAGUUUUUGUGCCUUCCAGAUGCCACUACUUCAAAACAGGCAGCUCAUAUUUACUGCUCUAAAACCUUAAUGAGCUGGUCUUCCCCUGUUAGGUCACAUAUCAACAGAGAAAAGCCUCAUGUAAGGGGCAGCCUCCAUAAUGUAGCACCCCUUUACUUCUCUGGGUUUGGCAGUUGUCACACCAAGUUUACUAGUUUUACUACACACACAAAUGUCAUGAACAACACUAUUGAAGACUGUGUCAGGUACACACAAGCCAGAGGUCCUAGUACUUUAAAGACCCACAUACUCAGGACCUCAGGAAGACCUGUCUUAUGCACAAUACUAAUGAAUGCCAAAAUAAGUCCACCACACCACAGUGUGAGGCCAUGCCACAACCACAGUUCCAAUGAAGACCCUGCGAGUUCAAAGUUGGGCACAAACCUGUCCAACAAUUCCCUGGACGAAACCACUGGAGCCCAGCUGACACAUACAGACGCCCAGGGCCGAGCCACCAUGGUGGAUGUUGGGGGGAAACUGCCCACACGUCGAACAGCCACAGCCCAUGCCACUGUCAUCCUGGGUCCCACUGCUUUCCAUCUGCUUCGGGAUAACCAGCUGUCUAAGGGUGAUGCCUUGGCUGUGGCGCAGUUGGCCGGCAUUAUGGCUUCCAAACAGACAUCAACCCUCAUCCCGCUCUGCCACACGCUGCCCUUAGACCACACCUCUGUUACCUUUGCUCUGGAUGAGCUGCAGAACGCUGUAGUCAUCACAGCAACAUGCUGCGCUACGGACAGGACAGGAGUGGAGAUGGAGGCUUUGACAGCUGUUUCUGUGGCAGCGCUGACGGUCUAUGACAUGUGCAAGGCAGUGAGCCAUGGCAUCAUAAUCACAGAUGUAAAGCUGGUCAGUAAGACAGGUGGGAAGAGGGACUUUCAUUGUCAUCUUUGACACCUACCCCCAAACACACACACACACCCACACACCAGUGAAUGUGACCCAGGAAAGCUGAGAAUACAUGAACUGUAAGCAUAGUGGCUGCCCCAGCUUUCAUCAGAAUGGUAAUAUUACUCUACAAACAAAGUUUUAUGCCAUUAGAAUUAUUUGAAAGAUGUAAUCACGUAGAAAAUUUACACUUAGGGGUCUUAGCCUUAAUUUGCUAACCUCUGCUAAUAGCUUACUCCAGUGAUAGUUUACCAGUUUAAGUACUUCCCGUGCGAUAUGAUUCAUGCUGUCUAAACAGUGUUUCUGUUUACUUUAAUUUAGCAGGUUUUUUGGAAGUAAUUUUAGAGUUAUUCAGGAAAAAGACUUGCAACAUUGAAAGACUUAGCACAGGUGUAGGGCUGCAGUGUGUCUCUGUCUCUAGAGGGCACCCCAGUACUUCAUUUUGCCUGGAGGUUUUCCAGUGAAGAAACAAACUGAGGACCUCCACAUUACUGAAUCCAUAUGACCUUCACAGAUAACUCCAUUUAAAAUGAAGCUCAGCUGAAAGCUGGCACAGGAGGCAACAGCAGUAGAAUAAUAAGAGCUGAGCAGUGUAUAUUCCAGUGGCCUGGACUGUGAAAUACCGCAUAGCCUACUCUGUGUUCCUCCACACAGUUGCAUUGCCAUAAUUUACAGGAGUAUAAGUGGUUUUAUAAUUUAAUUUUGAAGUUAAUUCAGUUGUAUCAAGUCUGCCUUUUCCCAGAGAAGUGACUUCCAUAAUUUGUUCAUGAUGGCAGUUGGUAAAUUAAUCAGUGUCAAGUUGUGAAUUUACUGGACUUCAUUAAAAAACAUCUUUUUCUGUUUACACCUGUAGAAAUUGAAUGCUGGAGUUUUGUACUCAUACCACAUUACAGGAGAGGAUGACUGUAAUGUCUUUAGCUUUUCCUCUAAAAUAGUGACUGAUGAUACUAAUAACCUAUGAUACCGCUGAGGAUUUACAGUUGUUUUUAUGCCUCUGUGCAUAGCCACAGCCAGGGGCAUUGUGUUUUUGGGUUGUCUGUCUGUCCAUAUGAUUCUUGUGAAAACGCUAUGUGAGGAACACCUUGAGGCAGUUUGUUCGAAUUUGGCACUUCGACUCAAGGAUGAGCUGAUUAGUGGUGGUCAAAGGUGACCUCACAUCUGUCCAUUCCCAUGAGGAAUACAACUGCAAAGCUGUAGUUUUUGUUUUAUUUGUCCCUUCAGAAUGAACAUGACCCUUUGUAUUUUCUGAUUUGAUGAUUGCUCAUAAUAUACAAUUGUAUGAAGCUGAGUUAUUCUUUGCUUGGACUGCCUGAUGAAAUGAAAGCCGAUGUAGCCUCCAGGUAUUACAGUAUGUGUCACAUUUAUUCACUGUGUUGUCUGGUCUGCACUGCAGAUAACAGUUUAGCUCAUUUAGCAUUUCUUUUUCUUGUAUAUAAAUUUUAAUAUUCUACAUUUUCUUCUGUGAUGUCUUAACUUUGUUCACCUCAUAUGAAAGUGAUACAGUUAUUCACACAAAAGCAUCAACAUGAGAACAACACACAAAACGGCUGCUAAGAUGAACUACAGCUCUAUGCAGAUAAAGUCUAGAUGUACAUAUGUCAUAUACAUACAUGACCUAAGUCCCUGUGCUCUCUUCACUGACCUUGAAUAGAAACUACAAAGUCGUCUUCAUCCUGUGUUGUACUGUGUUCAUGCACCACAUCAGCUCGUAGUAUUAACAUCCUUCUGAAGACCCCUCCAUGUGAUCACAUACGUAUGUAGGACUCAGCCCUGUCUCUCCUCGAUAACAUGUUUUUACAGAAGACAACCUGACCUAUCAGAAUAACACAGUCAUUAACAGAUGGUUUCCUGGAGCCUCUGAAACCCUGAACGCCACCUGCC